UCAAGAUUGUGUACACGUGAGCGCUGAGUGGGUACCAUGGUAUGUAUCUCAUGCCUCAGCCCACCGGGAAAGCCCCAGGGCAGGACAUGAAAGCACAUAGCAAGUGUGUGAGAUAAGCCGCUGGCAGGUUGUGCUCAAGUCUGACAAGGAUCAGGGAACAGCCACCACAGAGGACAGAUACGAAUUUCUGUCAAUAAGGUUAGCGCAUGGAUCUGGGGUAACACAGAAGUAAAUCUUGUACAGACAUCAGUCCAACCAAUUCCAGAAGCCCUACAAGCCCAAAGCAGGACAGGAAAAGGUUUUCACCUAGGCACAUUGGAGUAAAAAGGCUGAAAAUCCAAGGAAGACAGAAACUCUUAAAAAGCAGCCAGGGAAGGAGAGCGGGCCGAGGAGAAGCAGUGCGGCGCACGCGCAGUAUACGUGGCUAGGGAAUUCGUAUGGACGUCAGGGUGGAAGCAGGUGUGAGAGGGUCCAGCAGAAGAAAACAUGGCUGCCAAAAUGUAUGAGUUCAUCGGCAAGUUUGGCCUGGCCUUAGUUGUUGCAGGAGGCGUGGUGAACUCUGCCUUAUAUAGUGUGGAUGCUGGGCACAGAGCUGUCGUCUUUGACCGAUUCCGUGGAGUACAGGACAUUGUGGUAGGCAAAGGGACUCACUAUCUCAUCCCAUGGUUACAGAAAUCAACGAUCUUUGACUGCCGUUCUCAACCACGUAAUGUGCCAGUCAUCACCGGUAGCAAAGAUUUACAGAAUGUCAACCUCACACUGCGCAUCAUCUUCCGGCCCGUCGCUAGCCAGUUUCCUCACAUCUUCACCAGCAUCGGAGAGGACCGUGAUGAGCGUGUGCCGCCGUCCAUCAUGAACAAGAUCCUCAAGUCAGUGGUGGCUCGCUUUGAAGCUGGAGAACUAAUCACCCAGAGAGAGCAGAUCUCCAGGCAGGUGAGCGAUGACCUUACGGAGCCAGCAGCCACCUUUGGGCUCAUUCUGGACGACGUGUCCUUGACAUAUCUGACCCUCGGGAAGGAGUUCACCGUCCCAAUGAUUCUUAACACGGCCUUCCUUCUGCCCCUACCUCAGAAAUCACUGUGAAAUUUCAUAAUUGGCUUAAACUGAAGGAAAUAAAGGUAAAAUCACUUCAGAUCUCUAAUUAGUCUAAAACAAAAAAGUCAGCCAGAGGAAAAAAAGACAGAUCAUCUUAAAAGGAACAACAACUGAAAUGAUAGCUUACUUCUCAGUAGAAGCAAUGGAAGCCAGAAGACAAUAACAUGGCAUUUUCAAUGUCCUGAAGGAAAAUAACUGCCGUAGUGACUUAGCAAGCAUCUAUAAAUAGUGAAAAUACUCUUUAGAAAUGACGUAGAAAUAAGGAUUUUUUUCAAGAAAAAAAUAGAGUGAGAAUUCAUCCCCAGCAAGCCCAUACUGCAAGUAUUAAAAGGUGUUCAGCUAAAAGGAAAAUGAACCCACGCAGAAGGUCAGAAAUAGAGGAAGAAAGACGAAGCAAUAAAAUAAUAAUUAUGCUAGGGUCUUCGUUCAUUUGUGCUGGUAUAACAGAAUAUCUCUGACUGGGUAAUUUAUAAAGAACAGAAAUUUAUUUCCUCAUACUUGUGGAGGCUGAGAAAUUCAAGAUCAAGGGGCUGAGAGCCUUCUUGCUGCGCCCUCACAUGGCAGAAGACGGAAGGGCAAGAGAGAGUGAACCUACUCCCACAAACCCAUUAAUCCAUUCACCUACCUCUUCCCCAAAAGCCCCACCUCCCAAUACUGUUGAAUUGAGAAUUGAGUUUUCAACACAAAU